CAGGGCUUCGCUCCUCAGACUCGAGACAAGAAGAAAUAGAAAAACAACACACGCGCGCGUUGCCUCAGUGCGCAGAAUGAUUCAUCAACCACCGUUUGCUCGGGAGAGACACUGAUUCCGGGGCUGAUAGUUCGUUAUCGCAGUUAUCGGUUUUUUUAUUUUUAUUUUUUAUCGUGGGGCCUCUGAUGACCCCCCUCCCUCCCCAUCCCCACCGACACCCUCCCUCCCACCUCUCUCAUCCCGCGUCUCAACGGACCAAAACGCCGCCGCCGCCGCUGCAGCAUCACCGGCAGCCUCCAGACUGCGUAAUCCACGCCGCGAUGAUCCCUGUUAACCGGAUGAGCCCCUCCGGUCCGUAGACCCGUGCUGAUUGGAGACAUGUUCUAAGGACGACAGCUCAGCCACCAUGAAAGGCUUCGGGGCCAACCGCAGUCGCCACAUGUCUGACUCCUGUGAACCGGCCAGAUGCCCACAGAAGCCGCUGUGUCCUUUGACCUCUGACCCUCACGGCGCCUUUCUGUUGACCCCCACCAUAAACCACUACGGCACCCUGGACCCCCACCUCCACCUGUGCUCUCCCACCAGCCCCACCAGCCUGAACCCUGACUGCCUGCUGCCUUUCAGCCAGAUGUCCAACAGCAGCACCUUCCCUCGUCUGCACUACAGCUCCCAGGCUGAGCAGGUGGACUGCUCGCAGGCCUGCAUGGCUGCCGCUGCUGGCGGAGUUGGGCAGGGCGGCAGAGCAGGUGCUGCACUGUCCAACUCCUUGUCUAUGGGCAUGGGCUUGGGCCUGGGACUAACUGGCGCUCCGAUGAUCACCAGUGGAUCAGCCACUAUCUCCUCCUCCUCCGCAGCAGCAGCCAAGAUGAAUCGGUUACCCUCCAACCUUUUGGAUCAGCUCGAGAGGCACCUGCCCCUGCAGCGCGACGGCUUCAGCACGCUGCAGUUUCACAGGGGGCGCAUGUCGAAGCAACGCAGCGAGAGCCCGGGACGCAUACGCCACCUGAUGCACUCGGUGCAGAAGCUGUUCGCCAAGUCGCAGUCCCUGGAAAACUCUGCGAUCAAAGGCAACGUGAACGGGCGCUCGGCUGGAGGAACGGCCGGCGGCGCCGCGGGUGCCGGUGAGGACGGCGGCAGACCGACGCGCAGGAGCAAGAGUAAAGACAGGGCUAAAACCGAGGGGACAAAGCAGAGACAGAGGCCCAAUGCGCUCGGCCUCUGGAGCUCAGACGACACCCUAGACACCGACACCACUACAGCCGGCACCAUCGCCGUAGGUUACCGCAACCCUCUGAGCAUGAUGUCUCUCGGCAGAGCGGUGUCAGACAGCCAGGCCGGUCCCAGGCACAUCCCACAGGGCUACCACACCAUUUCUGCACAUACUCUCAAGACCUCGAAAAGCAGCAGCGACCUCAAGUUUCUGGCAUGCCAGGCGACACAGGUAGUAUCCAAGGAGGAGGAGGGAAGAAUCAGGGGCAGCAAGGACGAUCUACUGGUGAAGAGAGGUUCCUGGUCCACUCUCACCCUCAGCCAGGCCAGACAAGUGCUGCAGAAGGGCUCUGCUACAGUUAACAGGACCUUACUUAAAUCCAAGUCAUGCCACCAAGACAUGGCUCAACAGUUCCUUCAGGUCCCACUGGGGGACUGGGCAGGAACUCUGGGUCACGGCCGGCCCAGAGGAACUGAGAUCCCCUGUCGGAGGAUGCGCAGCGGCAGCUAUGUUAAAGCUAUGGGGGACUUAGAGGACAGUGAGGACUCAGAGGGAAGCCCCAAACCUUCCCCCAAAGCCACCGCCCGACGCCAGAGCUACCUGAGGGCCACCCAGCACUCACUGAGCGAGCAGCAGCCACCUCCCCCCCAACGCAAGCCUCGCUGCUACGCUCUCAUGCAGGAGGAUUAUCUGUGGUCUCCACUACAGAGUGCAUGCUCUAUGCAGCAUCUGAGCUCGCUGCCGUGCUUGAAGGAGCUGUCGACUAAUCGAAGCCUGGAUAACUUGGACUGCCUGGUGAGCCCCCUGGAGCCCCCUCCACGCUACAGGAACAGUGACUUCAGCCGAUGCUCCGGCACGCUGGGCAGAGGCUCGGCCACGCAGCGUGUGAGUCUGCACACGUUCUUUCAGGUAUACGGGCAGGGCUGCGGGCACUCGCUGCCGUACUGUCAGGGGGAGUCGCAGGCCGUGGAGGCUCUGGAUCUGCCUGCUCCCACGUGCUUCCGGUCGCGCAGCCACAGCUACCUGCGCGCCAUCCAGGCGGGCUGCUCCCAGGACGAGGACACGGCCUCCGUGGACUCCGAGUCGCCGCCGCACACUGGUGCAGGCUACAGUUACAGCUCCAACACGCUCAGCAAUAGGAAGGCUCCUCCCCCGGUCCCGCCCCGCACCACUUCCAAGCCCCUCAUCUCCGUGACGGUGCAGAGCAGCACCGAGUCGGCCCAAGACGUGUACAUCGACCAGCAGGAGCGUGGCAGUGAGGCCAACAGCCAAUCAGGACGCAGCAACUCCUCGGACAGCCUCUGUAGCAUCCGCACGGCCGGUCUGGCUAAAGGGAGCCGACCUCUACCGGUGCCGGUCCCUGCCGCAGCCCCUGGGCCAGCUGCCGGCUCUGUCCAUCCUGUUCCUGCCCCUCGGGACCUCCCUCACACCGCCGCCACCGCCACUGUCGCCACGACCACCACUUCCACUUCUACCCAGUCCCAAAAUGACACCCCGAGCAUUGGUUUCACGCUAGAUCCGGUCCCCGUUGCAACCAAGAGGAAACUGUCUUCGAUCGGUAUUCAGGUGGAUUGCCUUCUGCCCGUCCUAAGAGAGGAACCGCUACCGCUGACUGCACCUCUGAAGUUUCAGUCCAUUGGCGUUCAGGUGGAGAACGGCAGGCCUCUCAGCCGGGAAACCAGCAUGGCCUCCAGACAGAACACGGAGACCGAGCCGCAGGACGCCACAGAAAACAACACCGCCAACUGCACCAACAGUCAAACCGCGGAUGCCAACGCCCCCAACGGACAGGACAAAGCCAUGGAGCAGCAGCCCCUCAAACACACCCACGCCCCGUCCAGGAUAUCCAGCCCGCCCCAGGUGACCCUGGACCCGGCUUUAGACCCGUCCUCGCUGCCGCCGCCAGAUCCCAGCCUGGAGAGCGGGAACUGCUGCUCCCACGGGGACGCCGGUCAGCCCGGCCCGCCGGCUUGCCUCCGAGACGGUAACUGGUUCAUGAAGCUGCUGCAGGCGGAAACCGGGCGCAUGGAGGGCUGGUGUCAACAGAUGGAGCAGGAGACCAAAGACAACAAGCUGUCAGAGGAGGUGCUGGGAACAAUCCGCAGUGCAGUGGGCAGCGCUCAGCUCCUCAUGACGAAGAAGUUUGAGCAGUUCCGAGGGCUCUGCAAGGAGAACUUGAACCUAAACGCCAACCCACGACCAACAGCGCAGGACCUGGCAGGCUUCUGGGAUCUGCUACAACUCUCAAUAGAAGACAUCAGCAUGAAGUUUGAUGAGCUGUUCCAACUGAAGGCCAACAACUGGCAGCUGCCUGAGAAGUCAGAGAAGGAUGAAAACAAGCAGCUUCCAUCAUCUGUGCCAAAGAAGCAGACGAAGCCCAAGCUGUCGGCGGGGAAGGACAGGAGCGUGGACUCUGCUGUGGACAAACAGCGGCAAGAGGCCAGGAAACGCUUGAUUGCGGCGAAGCGCGCGGCGUCGGUGCGGCAGAACUCCGCCACGGAAAGCGCCGACAGCGUCGAGAUCUACGUCCCCGAGGCGCAGACCCGCCUCUGAUGAGAGCGGGGCCGGCGUUGAUCCUCGAGGGGAAAGAAACAAAAGAAUCUGGACUCCCUUCAGGCAUUCAUUGACACAAACACACACACGCGCACUCCGAUACGAGACUUACACGCAAAUGUGCGAAACAGAAGCCGAUCCCUCGCAGCCGGACAGCUGAUGACGGGAGAAACGUGGGGAUCGAAUAAUGCAGACGACCACGGCUGCCAUUGGACAGUAAUAUCCCUGACAUUUGUUUAAUACUAUUGUUAUUAUAAUAAUUAUUAUCUCCUAAAGUAUAUCAGGACUGUCUUAAACGUGCAGGUCUCUUGGAUAAGGACUUUCUGUACCUUGUGGGCUGAAGAAUCUUGGUAUCCCAGAAGUUUACUCUCAAAAACUCCCCCCUUCACCGCUGAGUCCACCGGCAAGUUGUGGCUGCCUGGUUCACGAGCUGAGCUGCCCCCCCACCGCGCGCACACACAUGCACAUGCACACGCACACACACACACACACUCAGGACACACAUGCAGGUGCACUCGCUGUCCACAGAGUCUUCCUGUUCUCUAUUUGUAUUUGGCUGCCGCUCGUUGGGUGUGGUGCGUACUCUUUGCUGUGUACAAACUUUAAGAUGGUGUUGACGUACUCGCAGGUUUGAGAUGCAGAGAACCAGAGGAAGGCAGUAGCAUAUAUAUUAUAAAUAUCACACUAUUGCGAUGUUCAUUUUGUAAAUGUUGUAUACCAGAUUAUUUGUUAGAAAGAGGUCAGUGUUCAGUACCAAGGUAGUUUUUUAUAGAUCAAGUACAUGUACUGUCAUGAUAUAUUCGCACUCGAUGCAAUCAUUCACUCCCUCUUUCUCUUCCUCCCCCUUUCACAGAGGCACACUACAGUCUGUGUCUGUGACUGCCUAUUGUUUAAAGUCUUACAGUCUUGUUUUCGUGAAGGGAUGCGAGGAUGGACUUCCCCGCCAGUGAGCUCCAGAGGAAUGUAUGAAGUUGUAUGCAUUUACAGCUCGCGUCGACUUGAUCACUGCACUUUCCGUUCCCCUCCGAUCAAGUUUUGCUCGCCUUUGUUUGCCUGAUCAUUCUGACUUUCACCGCAUCACCGAGUGAUGCAGGGGACCACGACGUCCACCACUUGGAAUGGCAUUCCCAAUCAACCAUACCACGUGACCGACGCGCCACAGGAAAGGAAAUGGAAAAGCUUAGCAAUAAUAGAGCAGAGCAGCAGGUACCCAGUCUUAAAUUGUUGAAUUCAACGUUUCCAAAAAAGACUCUCUGAGCACGAUGAAGGAUGAAUGUUUAUUUUCUUUUAUUGACUGAAUGCCCUUGAAAGGAUUUAAAUCUCAGGCUGAACACAAACUCAACAGUAAAAACCACUAUUUAUUGUGUAACCACAGAUUAACGGGCCGAACGCUGCGGAGCCAUUGACCCAUAUUCUAAAUCCAGACGUCCUGAUGCUCUACUGCUUGAUGCAGUGUCGUACUAGUGCCACUGCUAAAAUCUGCAUCCUCCUUCGCUGCCCUUCCAGCAGCUUGAGCUCCAAACCCCUAUUUGUUGAGAAUGAACUGUGGUACCUUUUUUUUAAUUAUUAUUAUUAUUAUUAUUUAAAUUUGAAUGUCAUUCGACACCUAAACAUGUCUCGCUUUCUGUAAUUAUUCUAAGUAAUGGUGCUGCGAGGGGCUUGUUACUGUGCCAAGACGGCAAUGAUCAACAUUUCAGUGUCACUUGAUAAAGCUAUUUAAAGCGAUCAAUGUUUUAACAAUAAUUGGCUGCUUAUGACUCUGCCUGUCUGUUGUGUACGUUCUCGGCCAAGUUAGUCUGCAUCAGCUCACUCCUCAUGCGCUACGCCCGGCCUGCGUCUCAACUCAUGACUUUUUGAGCAAAGGACCGGAAUAACUUGUGUGUUUUCUCAAAUUGGGACGAGUGCCAAAGGGCUCAUGAGUGGAACCGGUCAUCGCGUACUCGUGCACAAGUGUAGGUUGUGACUCACUAGUUGUUGAUUUUAUUUUUUAUUUAAGAGCUGGCUCUCCCCCUACUGGUCAUUCCUUGCGUGACACUCCAGACAUCUUAUCCCGCUCCAUUUUGAAUCACACAAGACAUGAUGUUGAACUGGGAAUGCUGACACAACAUCAAGUUGUUGAUUUUCUUAUUCUCUUCUUUGUAUUACAUCAACAAUGGACAUGUGCAUUUCAUUGUCCAAAGAAACCAUUAAACAUCCCUUUGCUACAUGUCCUGGUCAUCAUUCUUGCUGUUUUUAUUCUUUAAAGCACUCAUUCAUAAAUGGUAAUAUUAGCUGCUGAGUUAAUAUUACACAUGAAUAUAUCAUCAGCAUUAGGUGGGACAUUGCGCUGUUGCUGUAUGCUCUCUAAACGCAUGGCCUUCUUAGAAAUAUACAAAGAUCAUUGCCAAUGAAUUCUCUGCACUCCUUUAAUCGUAUCUUCUCUCUGUGUAAGGCAUUCAGGGUACGUACUGUACGUAGGAGGUUAUAACUGGCUCACAAAUGGUGGAUAGUCUUCUCCUUUUCAUAUCAUUUUCUAGCUGGAUCCCUUUAUUUUCCCACAUACUGGACUUUAGGAGAGAAAGACCUGUUCAGGGAUCUCCAGACAGUCUGUUUACCUGUACUUCCUGAGUUCCAAAGGGCUACACAAUGGACUAACGACGACCAGGGGUUGCAACUCUCGAGGCGGAUUAUGUGGAUGUGCUACUCAGCCGUGUGGACGAGGCAAAAUUCUCUGGUUUAGUGAUUUAUAGAAUUUGUGCAGAGAUAUCUUAUGGGUAAAUCAUGUUUGCUUCAAAGUUAUAAUUAAUCAGCCCAUUCUUCAGCAACCGCGUGACUCUGUCUCUGUCUCUCUGUCCUCUCAGAGAUCCAGUGAGGGAGAUGAGCAAAAAAAGUAGAUCCAGAUGAUCUUAUCCUGAAACACUUUCUUUUACAAAACAAGCACAUGCCUUACAGGCAAAGGGUUGUUUAAUGUUACGGUGUACUAGUUAGACACUGAGGCUAGUUUCUUUUAAGAGAAUAAAGAAUUGUGAUUGCAACGAUC